ACAUCUACAAUCGAUGCAACAACUGAAGAAUCCACAACUGAAAUAGAAACAACUGUAGAUUAUACAACAGAUUCAUUAACAACGGAGGAAAAGACAACGGUUGAUGCUACUACUAAACAAUCAACAACCGAAGAGAAGACAACUGUUCAUAUAACAACUGCUGAAUCAACAACGAAAGAGAAGACAACACCCUAUGACACCACAGUGGAACAAACAACGACGCAGAGCACAACGGUUGAUAUAACAACUGAAGGAUUAACAACGAAAGACAAAACAUCUACAGUCGAUGCAACAACUGAAGAAUCCACAACUAAAAUAAAAACAACUGUAGAUUCUUCAACGGAUUUAUUAACAUCGGAGAAAAAGACAACGGUUGAUGCUACUACUAAAGAAUCAACAACCGAAGAGAAGACAACUGAUCAUAUAACAACCGCUGAAUCAACAACGAUAGAGAAAACAACACUAUAUGACACCACUGUGGAACUAACAACGGCGCAGAGCACAACG